AUGUCCUGGGCCGCGCUGCUCGGCCUCCUGGCCGCGCUGCUGCUGCUGCUGCUGCUGACCCGCCGGCGCACGCGGCGACCCGGAGAGCCUCCCCUGGACCUGGGCAGCAUCCCCUGGUUGGGCUAUGCCUUGGACUUUGGAAAAGAUGCUGCCAGCUUCCUCACUAGGAUGAAGGAGAAGCAUGGUGACAUCUUUACUAUGCUGGUGGGGGGCAGGUAUGUCACCGUCCUCCUGGACCCACACUCCUACGACGCGGUGGUGUGGGAGGCUCGCACCAAGCUGGACUUCCACGCCUACGCCGUCUUCCUCAUGGAGAGGAUUUUCGACGUGCAGCUUCCGCAUUACAGCCCCAGCGAUGAAAAGGCCAGGAUGAAACCGACUCUCCUGCACAGAGAGCUGCAGACGCUCACGGAAGCCAUGUAUACCAACCUCCGCACCGUCCUGCUGGGCGAUGCCGCGGAAGCGGGCAGUGGCUGGCAUGAGAUGGGUCUCCUCGAUUUCUCCUACAGCUUCCUGCUCAGAGCCGGCUACCUGACUCUCUAUGGAAUUGAGGCGUUGCCACGCACCCCCCAGAGCCAGGCCCAGGACCGUGUGCACUCAGCCGACGUCUUCCACACCUUCCGCCAGCUCGACCUGCUGCUCCCCAAACUGGCUCGUGGCUCCCUGUCAGUGGGGGAUAAGGACCGUGCGUGCAGCAUCAAAGGUCGCCUGUGGAAGCUGCUGUCCCCAGCCAGGCUGGCCACACGGGCCCACCGGAGCAAAUGGCUGGAGAGUUACCUGCAGCACCUGGAGGAAAUGGGCGUGUCAGAGGAGAUGCAGGCACGGGCCCUGGUGCUGCAGCUCUGGGCCACACAGGGGAAUAUGGGUCCCGCUGCCUUCUGGCUCCUGCUCUUCCUUCUCAAGAAUCCGGAGGCCCUGGCCGCCGUCCGUGGAGAGCUCGAGCAGAUCCUCUGGCAGGCGGAGCAGCCUGUCUCGCAGAUGACCACUCUCCCACAGAAGGUUUUGGACAGCACGCCCGUGCUCGACAGCGCGCUGAGUGAGAGUCUCAGGCUCACGGCUGCCCCCUUCAUCACCCGCGAGGUUGUGGCAGACCUGGCCAUGCCCAUGGCAGACGGGCGAGAAUUCAACUUGCGACGUGGCGACCGCCUCCUCCUCUUCCCUUUCCUGAGUCCCCAGAAAGACCCAGAAAUCUACACAGACCCGGAGGUGUUUAAAUACAACCGAUUCCUGAACCCCGACGGAUCAGAGAAGAAAGACUUUUACAAGGAUGGCAAACGGCUGAAGAAUUACAGCAUGCCUUGGGGGGCAGGGCACAAUCAGUGCCUGGGGAGGACUUAUGCCACCAACAGCAUCAAACAAUUUGUGUUCCUCGUGCUGGCGCACCUGGACCUGGAGCUGAUCAGCGCGGAUGUGGAGAUGCCCGAGUUUGACCUCAGCAGGUACGGCUUCGGGCUGAUGCAGCCGGAGCGCGACGUACCCGUCCGUUACCGCAUCCGGCCGUGAGACGCGGGCGCAGCGGGCCUGCUCGCGCCCCUCCGCCAGCCUGCCCCAGCCUCCCAGCUCUCCAUGUCCGCACCUUGGCCUGGGUGUGGGUGGUAGCAUCACCACUUUGUCUUUUUUCUCCCGGAAGCCUGUGCCCAGGGCAGGGGAAAGAGGGGAAGCCAAGAGAGGUGACCAGAGAAGAGACAUCAGAAGCUCUACGGAGUCUCUGCUGUAAAGUUUUGGUUCCCAAAUCAGACCCCUUCUGCUUCCAGCUCACUGUGCCUGUGCCACGCACAGAAGCUAACACGGACGAGGCAGAACUAGGAGCCCUCACUGCUGUGCCCGCAGUUCGCAGACCGUCACCCCCCAAGUUCUUAACAACCGGUGCACCCCAGGCCUUGUGCAGCCGGAGCAGGCGCUGGCCACAGAAGGGCCACUCAGAACCCAGCAUCGAAAUUACUCUGUGCCCCAGUUACUACGAAGUUAGCCGAAGCCAAAGGAGUCCCUUAGAAUGUCUGCUUCCCUGGGCGCCCUAUCCACUGGACACUUCCCGCAUCGCUCUGUUCACACCGAGACUUGAGAAAAGGCGGGAGGCUUCCCGAGGCUGGGGCACCCUCUGAACACUGGGCUGUGUUCUGAAGUUAUGGGCGCCAGGUGGGAUGGGCUUUCCCGGCGUCAAGAGACUCAGGGAGCUAAGGAAGACGCAGCCCUGAUGGGACAGCUCCCGGGACUGGACAGACUGACACAGAGGAGACGCCGAUGUCAUCCGCGCUAGUGCAGGGGCUCCAGCGCUGGGCGGACGUGUUUUGUUUGGCCUUCGCCUGAAAAAAAUUACCUUAGUUGUUAUCAUCUUUGGGAGAGUUAAUUCAGCAUGUCCAGCUUCUCUUGAAAACGUGGUAGAUCUGGCCACGUGCAGCCCACGUCCCUGAAGGUAACAGCUGGCCAGGGCUGAGUGGCAGCCGCAGGGCAUGUGCUCUCUGGUUACCCAGGGUUCUGGCGUGGUCUGACUCUCCAUUCACAGUGACUCCUGGCCCUGAGGGCAUCUGAGUUUGAGACCCUGUUCUGACUCUUAGAAGUGCUAUCGUAGGAGGUGGCGGGGACCAGCUAAUUGGUCUAACGACCAACUGUCCAUCGCAGCCUGGGUGCACCACCCUUUGAACAAACAGAUCAGUGAUGAAAACUUGCCUUUGCCUCCAUUUUAGAAAAAAGCAGCUUAAAGAGAAAAAUUGGCUGGGCACUCUGGCUCACAUCUUUAAUCCCGGUGACUUAGGAGGCUGA